UUUGUCAUUUCUAGGGUUUCGAUUCGUUAAAUUUGAUGCCUGUUUCGUUAUAAUUUUUGAAUUUUUCGUCGAUUUCUCUCUCUUUUUCUUGUUUAUUUAUUAAUUUAGUGUGUUGAUUGUAAAUUUGUUAUCUUCCUGUGUAUUGGGUCUCCUUAGAUUUGUGAUUUAUUGCUGCGUUUCAAGAGUCCGGAGAUCUUCGCACACGCGUUUGUCACGAUUUUUUAGUGUAUAAAUUUUGAGGGUUCAUAAAUGGCUAGCAACUACGGUGAAUCCGCGAGCACCUCUGGAAGCAACAACAACAACUCCGAAGCGGGUAGCUUUGAAUGCAAUAUCUGCUUCGAGCUCGCCCAAGACCCUAUAGUUACCCUCUGUGGGCACCUCUACUGCUGGCCCUGCUUAUACAAGUGGCUCCGUGUUCACUCCCAUUCUCCUGAAUGCCCAGUCUGCAAAGCCAUAGUAGAAGAGGACAAGCUCGUCCCUCUCUAUGGGCGUGGCAAGAACCCUACCGACCCGCGGUCCAAGUCGGUGCCAGGUGUCAAUAUCCCGAACCGUCCAGCCGGGCAGCGGCCCCCUACGGCCCCCCACUCAGACCCGAACCAUUACGCUCAACCGAACCCAUGGUUCAUGGGUGGUGGAGCCCCGGUGGCUGGCGGGAGGUGGGGGAACUACACAUUCUCCGCCGCCAUUGGUGGUUUGUUCCCUCUGUUGAGUUUCCAGGUGCACGGUCUUCCCGAUGCAGCGGCCUAUGGACCGGGUGCAGGGUUUCCAUAUGGUUAUGGUCAUUCAUUUCAUGGUGGGCAUGGUCAUGCGUAUCCGCGGCAUGCCGCUCAAGGCGGGCCGCAGCAGCAGCAGGCAGAUGUUUAUCUCAAGGCUUUGCUGAUUCUGGUUGGUAUGCUUGUUGUUGCUAGCCUUGUUGCAUUUUAGCUAUAUAGUUUGUGCCAUGUUAAUAUGUUUCUGGUGAUGCGAACAAAGAAUGAUUUUUAGUUUUAUUUUCUGUAUUCAUCAGUGUUCUGUUAUAAGCAGUAUACUUGGCUUUUGUGUGAAAAAUUGUUCAUAGGGUGUUUGCAUGAUGAUGAAUAAGCUGUGCUUUGUCUCUUGACAGUUUUGUAUGCCGUUGUGUUUCCAGAUUGUGAAAUUUGGUCUCUAUUUGAGCGCUUCUUGUGCAGAACAAGUGUUGCAUUAGAUAAUUAUUAUUUAUUACUGA